AUGGCUGCCCCCGUUUUCAUCCAGCUCGUCCGUCAACCACUACAACACCACCACCACCCGGCUCUAGCCCUCAUGCAGUUCUACUCUGACGUUGCCGAACUCGCGGGCCAGUGCGAUACCCAGAGUAGUCGUGCCGAUCCUUGCACGAGCGAAAGGAGGAGGUUCAACACCGUCUCCGGUCGGCGCUGA